AUGCAUGCGGCCGAUGGUAUUGAUGCUGUUAGGGAUCACUUCGUCGACAGGAAAGGAGAGGACACCCCUUUGACCACUCCUCUGAAAAGCCCUAGCGACAAACUUGAAAACGCUCCUCGCACGCUGUCCGAACCAGAUGAAUUCGAAAAUGCCUUUUUCUCUCAUGUCGCAGACGUCAUCAAAGUUGACUAUUGGACGCGCAGGUUAGAUUUUCUCAGACGUCAGGCCAAGGGCGCUCAACAGGAGCACGAAAGAGAACAGAAAAGGAGCAAUCAAUUUCCCAUACUCAUUGAACAGUCUCUACAAAGGAAGAACCAAAUCGACGCCGAGUAUCAGACAGCCAGGUCUGAGGGAGACGCCUCCAUAGUGACGGCACGGGCAUCCGCAGCCAACUUCAGGCGAAUACUGCGAGACACCUUCGAGUCCUCCAAGGAUGAUCAAAUUAGGACUUUGGCUAAUCAUGUGGCCACUCUUGAGCAGAACGUGAGAGAUCUCCGCUCGGAAUCGGAAGCAGUAGCCUCGUCUCGCCCGCAGUCUGAUGAACUGCUCAGAUGCCUGCAAAGACUAGAAGAGCUGAAUUCGGAGAAUGAGGCACUCCGGGAGCGGGUGGAAAGUUUAGAACAGAAAUCAGCGUCAAUGGAAUCGUGUCUCGGAGGCUUGAAAGGCGUAUCUGCAUCUGUGUCAGAAUUGAGGAAAGAGAUUCAGCAGAUCGAAAACGAGUCAAAAGCGCCACAAGAAGAAGCGGUUGAGAAGAUUGAUCGAGUCCGUAGGAACAUUCAUCUCCAAGUUGAAAAUAUGCAUUCCGCAUUGAAGGACGACUGUACCGCUCUCCGGUCCGACUUAGACCUGCUUCGUUCUCAGGUAUCAACUCUCGGAGAAGCUGUCGAAACCUCCAAGGCCUCCACCGCAGACGACUGGCUACGAGUUACUGCGGUGCAGAGUAAGCUCACUUCAUUGAAGGAAGAAAAUAAGGGGCAGUUUGGGCAAGUGGCGUCCUCGCUCGAGGAUCUUUCCAAGGAAUUGAAAUCGACCCAGGCAAAACUCAGUCAACAGCCGACACGUGAAGAUUUGGACUCGCUGCAGACGGAAUUGACUAACGUAGAAGGCCUAGUGGAGAGUUUGAAGGCAGUCCGCGCACAGGUUCAGACAGACCACCAAAACCUAGAGUUGACCCAGCAAGAUGUUGCAGAGCUUAGGGCGAUUUGGCAAGACGGUCGAAAUCUUCCUACAGAGUUCGACUCGCUUCGGCAGCAAUUUGUACAGGACUCGGCUACGCACACGGUUCGCAUGGAAAACCUCAAAAAUUUCUUGGUAUUCAUUCAGGAGAAGUUUGCAGAGAAAUUCGCGGAGAAAUAUGGCGGAAACCUGAAAGCUCUCCGGUUACAACUUGCGGAACAAGCGAACAAGCAACAAACAGAGAAUCAAAUACUCAAGAGCCAAUUAGCCAAGUAUGCCGAGACCUUUCGGGAACCCGAAAAGCAGCAUGAUGAGCUCCUAGUUGGCGAGCUGGCACAGAUACAACAUGAACUCAAAAAUUGGGGACCGGAAGUUCAAGACCCACGUGAAAGGCGAGCAUCAUCAGAUAUAGGUCGGCACGUGGAGAAGCAGGAUUCUAUCUUGUUGGGAAACUGCGACAAGCUGGCGCAUUUGUACUUCGGCCUCGACCAGCGUAUUACGAGGACUCGUGAGAUGGUGGAUGUCAUAAAUACACUUCUGUCACUUAUGCAAAGACAGCUUCACGAAGUGGCGGCCAAUCGGCGAGACAUACGUGACCAGUUGGAAAGCUUGCGAAUCACGGUCAGAAAUAUUGCGGCUGAUCAAGAGAAGACUGAGGGCAUUAAUGCACGGUUUAGAUCUAAGCAUGAAGCUUUGGAGAAGCGGUUCGAAGAAGGGCUCAACAAAGAGGCGAAAGACAUGGAAGACCUAUCUCCCUCGAGUAGCCGAGACGAGAGAGACCAAUCGGCUUAUCGCGAAUUGGGCGACAAGAGCGUAAAAGAUCUGCGUCAUAUCAUUCACCAAGAGUCGAAUAGAGUCGAUCACCCACGCCAGUUAUCUCCACAGAGUGAUGGAAGAGCAAUAUCACUUGAAGCUGAGGCACCGCCGAUGAACGUCGACCGCGGGUCGCAAGUUAAGCCUAGCGAGCCGGAUCGUGAAACAACUAUAAUUGCAAACGCGGGGUGGGCUUGGACGAAUUCCAGUGCUACAGAAAACAGAAACUCUGACGACAACGAGCACUCAAGGAAAGAAUUGCUGGCAAAGUUCAAGAAGCCGGUGACACCCCAAUCUCAUGCUUCGUCGCAACACCAACCUCGGAGCGCACGCGCACGUGGUCAUUCUCAACCAACGUCAAAACGCAAAUAUGCAGAGAGUCAAAAAUGGCAUGGCUCCAGCGAUGACGAUGAAGACGAGGUCCAGGCUCCCAGGCGCAAAACCCGACGUUACGGUUGA